UUUACGUUUCAACUUACGAUGCCAGUUAAGGUAAUGCUACGUUGGUGUUGUUUCACUAACUGAUACGUCACCAUAUCUAUCAUCGUAGCGAGUUACCUGUUUACGACACCUUAAAUGUGUAAGGUAUACCUUAUGCAGCGCGCUUACGGAUUACACAAUUUUAUGCAAUUUAAAUUGAUUGAGCAUAUCAAUGAAUGAUGGCCGAGCAACAGAAGAAAAAACGAAGGGCUAAUUUUUCUAUAGAGGAACUUAAUGUUUUGACAGAAGAAGUAAGUUGUAAUAAACGUAUUCUAUUUGAAAAAUUCAGUGAUACGGUAACAAAUGAGAAGAAAGGAAAAUGCUGGCGCGAAAUUGUUGUAAAAGUGAACGCUGUCUCGUGUACUGAAAGAACUAUGGAUGAAAUAAGGAAGAAAUGGUCAGAUUGGUCAUCUUCAGUGAAGGUGAAGGCAUCAAAAUUUAAAACUGCUUGUAACAAGACAGGUGGCGGCAAGCUCGAGUCCCCAAAACUGACUGAAUUAGAGGAAAAGGUUAUUUCAAUCAUCGGACCGACUGCUGUUGAUGGAAUUGUGGGCGGCGUCGAUACCGUACGUUCUAUCUCGCCUCCAAUAAUCCAAGUACCAGAUGAGCCUGAAACAUCGCAAACGCCUAAUCUGAAUUGCUAUGAGACUUUAGACAUAGAAUAUGUUCCUGCGCAGACGGCUAACCCAGAGACAGUACCGUUUAAGCAGAGAAAAAUAGCAAGUACAACGCCGUGUGAAGACAACGGUGAGAAAGAGAUUAUUAAAAUAGAACAACAGAAGCUGGAACUCAAGCGCGAGAGGCUUCAAAUUGAGCAGUUUCGUCUAAGCACAGAGCAGAGAAGAUUGGAAGUAGAAGAGAAGAUUUUAAAAAUUCUGGAAGGGCAUGUGCACACGAAUACACCAAAUGAUUCGACAGCUUUUCCAUAUUUCAGUCUUUGAAGGUAUACCUUUGUUGGACUAUAUUUUUCACAGUUCACACGUGUGAAGAAUGUCAUCGUAUUUUUACACAUUUUCUAUAUAUGUGAAUAAUAGAAUCACAUUUUUCGCACAGCAAUUCUUCACAAACAUGUGAAGAACAUGAUUUUUAGUGUACAAUAAGAUGGUCGACUAAUAACUGUUAUUAUUCUAAGCCCCGACAGCUAUACUGUCCUAAAAACAAGGGUGGAAAGUGCAAAUGUUUGCAUGUGACAGCAAUGUUUCUUGUAUAUAUUAGUAUUUGACAGGCCAGGCAGCAUAAAUAUGGAAAUUAAUGUUUCAUAUGCCCGUAACUACUAAAGAUAUUUAUAUGAAACUUCACACAUAUCUUUGGGGUCAUUAUGUAAGGUCACUGCCACUCACUGAGAAAGUCCAACAACUACAUCUGAUAAAGAGUUAAGAAAAAUUAUUCUCUUUUUUGUACUUUGUUUUUCAUGUUAAAGUUGUGCGUGCAAGUUCAUAUCCCUGUUUUUACUGACACAAAAGUUUUGUUUCAUUGACAAGCACUGAAAAUAGUCGAGCGAGCUGUCCUACUGACAGCUCUUGUUAUAACUUAAUGGCAUUAAGCCAAGUACCCGCUUUUUGCGUAGUGCUUCAAAUACGUCACAUGCAUAAUAAUUAUAAUCCUAUGUAGCACAUAUUGAGCUUUUUACGGUCACACUCUAAAUACUUUUCACUCUGUAUAUAUGUCUAUAUGAUUGGAAUGUAUGAUUAGGAAAAUAACGUCUACUGUUGUUAAAUGUAAUUACCUAAAUUUUGCCAAUUUGGUACCAACAAUUAAUACAUGUAUAUUAUAUUUACAUUCGCCCUAUUCUUUUGACGUUCAUUUCGUAUGAACAGCAAAGGGGAAGGCGCGAAAGUUACGUCAUCGCUGCUUAGUGAUAACCAACCGCUGUUUUGACGACGUCGAGAACGUUUCUUAGAUGAUGUCGCAGUUGAACGAAAUGGCCGAGAAGCUGAUAUUAAUGUUAAAUGCAGCAAAAUAUGUGCAGUUUAUAAUAUUAUCUUGUUUACAAAUGAAAGGAAAAUAUACAGUAGUGUAAAUAUAAGAAAUGAAACUAUUUUCUUUCGGUGUUCAUGCGAAAUGAAUGACAGAAUAGGAUCGAAAAAAUCAUUUCAUUUCUUAUAUAUUCCUAGCGCAAGGUCAUCAGCUGAAAAUUCUAACACGAUCCGCAUUUUGCUCAAUAAAGACAAAGAAGAAAUUUGGCGUGCAUUAUCCUAUACAUUAAAGCACGCCCGGCCUAAAAAAAUUAUGUCAUGUACGUGACAUGACGUCAUUUGGACCUCGUAACGUCUACUAUUACGUAGUGACAGAAUGUAAUCCAUCAACAUAAACGUUAGAUCAUGUUAGAAUCAAAAUAAUAAAUCCUUUUAACGUCGAAUUAAAAAGAAAAAGAAUUAUAAAAAAAAAACUUAAUAAGCGAUUUCGUGCUAAAUAUAGGCCUACGCAUAAUAUACGUUGUAUCCCAUGCGCACGACAAAAACGGCAAAUACUUCAAGGUUCUGUUUUGCCUAAUGUCUCAAAGUUAGUAAUGUCUUGCACACGUGAUACUAAUACGUAGAUGUUAGCUAAAAUGUAUUAGAUAUUUUGAAUAAAGCGCUUUUUUUUUUAAUUUUCAGUAUCUUUGGCUAUGGAUGGAGGUUUUGUCAUACAUUUCCAUAAAUGACAUUAUUACAGUGAUUUCCAAGGUCAGCAGGUUGUUUCGAGAAAUUGCGAGGGCUGGCUCAUUCUGGAGUCAGCAAAGAUUCGCCAGAAUUAAAAAACCUACAACAGUGCUUGAUUUUAGCGGAGUAUUGGGUUAUAUGAAGAAUCUGCAUUACUUACAUGUUGAUUUAUCUCUUGUCAGAGAUACACAGUGUUUCCAUGAGCUGAAAAAUCUGAAAUGUCUGCAUAUUUAUGCGAGCGAACCUGAGAGCUUAGUAAUUUCUGAACUAUGUAUUAAUUUAAAACAUGCAUUGAAGCUACUUUCCGAGUUUAAAUCAUCAGGAAUAAAUUUUACCAGUGAACAUCAAUUAUUUCUAACGUAUUUCAUGUCUAGAGUGGAAAUUAUGUCAUUCUUUGGAUGUGCACGUCUCUCAGCAGAGGAUUUUCGAUACAUGUGUAGACGACUCCAUACACUGAGAAUAGUUCAUGUAGAAAUGGAUAAUACAUGUAAGUGACGUUAG